AUGAACGAUCCAAAAUAUAUUGGCACGAUAGCCAAAAUAAACAGUACGGAGGAAGACAAAACCAUUCCGCUGAGUGGAAUGUUCUCUGCUGUUGCAUUUAAAGUUGCGUUAACAACCGUGCUGGCGUUCAAGGGAUCCAUUACUGCCACGACACAAAGUGGCGUCCAAAUUGGAAGGGCCCGCGUCGAUGAGCCAAGUGUGGGGCGACCUCAUUCCCAGUUCAACUUGAGAAGUGUCGGGCUUCAGGAGCUUCCUGAACUUCGCUGA